GCCAAUCCACCCCCAACCAGUAGGAUCGACCCGGAUUCGAAUCAAUCCUAGGGUUUAUAGCGCAAGAUUUUUUUAUUUUAUGUUUUCUUAAUCUCUAAUCGGUUCUUCACAGCGAUCUAUUUUUCCGGUAAAUCGUCAUUCUUUGUUGAAGUUUCGUGGGUUUAAAUAUACUUGCCACAAGCAUGGCAAGUAACCCUCCAUCAUCCGGUUCACAGUCACUUUGGCCGCAUCCAGCAUCUGCACCGAUGGCCCCUCAGGGUCACAUCCCUCCCUACCCUAUGCAAUUCCGUCCUGUAGGACAGACAUCACAAGUACAACAAUUCAUGCCUCCGCCGGCUGCUCAGCAGUUUCAUCCAGCAGGACAAGCACAAAAUCUAGGGAUGCCUCCUGGUCAAAGUCAACCGCCUCCAUUUUCUCAACCAAUGCAACAGUUUCUGCCACGGCCUAACCAGCCUGGUCAUGCUGCACCAUCUUCAUAUCCUCAGCAGAGUAUGCCUAUUUCAUCAGGCAUGCCACAGUCAACUCCCCCAGGCCAUGGAGUUUCUUUUUCAUCCGCAUAUACUUACGCACCGACUUCCUUUGGCUUGCCCCAGAGUGGCGUCAGCGUGCCUUCCCAAUUCCAGCCUUCAUCACAAAUGUCUACGCCACUUGCUCCCACUGGGGCGCAAUCAUGGUUGCAAACAAGUCAAAGUACACCAGUUGUUGCACCACUGCAGCAGGCUAGUCAGCAAAUCUUCCCUAACAGUGCAACUGUUCCUGCUGUUAAUGGUUCUGGUAGUGCACAACAGUCUGCUUCUGAUUGGCAAGAAUAUGAAGCUGCUGAUGGGAGAAGAUAUUAUUACAACAAGGUCACGAAGCAGUCUAGUUGGGAGAAGCCUUCUGAGUUGAUGACUCCUCUUGAGAGAGCGGAUGCAUCAACUGUGUGGAAAGAAUUUACAACUCCUGAGGGUAGAAAGUAUUACUAUAACAAGGAAACAAAGCAAUCUAAAUGGACAAUACCUGAUGAAUUGAAGUUGGCUCGUGAACAGGCUGAAAAGGCUGCUGCUGAGGGAGCACAUUCAGAAAUGAAUACUAGCUCUACUGUACCAACCACUGUGAGUGGAGCUUCUGUUGAACAGCCAUCUGCUGUGGUCAACUUGGCUAGCUCCACUACAUCAACAGUAGCUGGAGUCACCUCCAGUCCUGCCCCAGUGGCACCUGUUGGUUCAGAUGCUAAUGCAUCUACUGCGAUGGUUUCUGAACCACCAGCUGUUCCAGCAAUACAGACUCCCACCACAAGCACACUUGGGGUUGGGGUGUCCUCAGUGGGAGAAAGAGUGGCUUCCUCGCCCUCUGAAGUUCCUGAAAGUUCUGGUGUUCCAAUUGUGCUGCCGAGUGCAAAUUCAACGCCAGUGACCAGCCUGGAAAAUCCACCAUUGCAUGUUGGGGCUAGUCCCUUAGCUGGAGCUUCUAUCCAGGAUAUUGAGGAGGCAAAGAGAGGUAUGGCCGUUGCUGGGAAAAUAAAUGUUACACCAGUCGAAGAGAAAACAACGGAUGAUGAACCCAUAAUAUAUGCCACCAAGCAGGAGGCAAAAAAUGCAUUUAAAGCACUAUUAGGGUCCGCAAAUGUUGAGGCUGAUUGGACUUGGGACCAGGCUAUGCGGGUAAUAAUUAAUGACAAAAGAUAUGGUGCUUUGAAAACUCUUGGUGAACGGAAGCAAGCAUUCAAUGAGUACUUGAUGCAAAGGAAAAAGGUGGAGGCUGAGGAGCGACGUAUCAGGCAGAGAAAAGCGAAGGAGGAGUUUAUGAAGAUGCUGGAAGAAUCUGAAGAACUCACAUCAUCCACGCGUUGGAGCAAAGCUGUGACAAUGUUUGAAGAUGAUAAACGGUUCAAGGCUGUUGAGCUAGAAACUGAUCGCGAGGAUCUCUUUAGAAACUACUUGGUGGACCUACAGAAAAAGGAGAGAGCUAAGGCUCAGGAGGAGCAUCGGCGGAAUAGGCUGGAAUUCAGGGAAUUUCUUGAAUCCUGUGGCUUUAUCAAGGUGGAUAGCCAGUGGCGGAAAGUUCAAGAUCUUCUGGAAGAUGAUGAAAGAUGCACACGCCUAGAUAAAUUAGACCGGCUGGAAAUUUUUCAGGAUUAUAUCCGUGAUUUAGAGAAAGAGGAGGAUGAGCAGAAGAAGAGACAAAAGGAACAACUGAGACGAGUUGAGCGUAAAAACCGUGAUGCCUUUCGCAAGAUGAUGGAAGAGCAUAUUGCUGCUGGCACUCUUACUGCAAAAACUCACUGGCGAGAUUAUUGUCAGAAAGUCAAGGAUUCUGAGGCUUAUGAGGCAGUCGCUUCAAACACUUCUGGUUCCACCCCCAAGGAUUUGUUUGAGGAUGUUACAGAAGAGUUGGAGAGAAAGUAUGAUGAAGACAAAGCACGCAUAAAGGAUGCUUUGAAGCAGGAAAAGAUAACAAUUACAUCGACGUGGACAUUUGAAGACUUCAAGUUCUCUAUAAAAGAGAGCAUUGGUUCCCCGGCAAUAUCUGAUAUUAAUUUACAGCUUGUUUACGAGGAUCUAAUUGAUAGAGCUAAAGAGAAAGAAGAGAAAGAGGCUAAGAAGCGUAAACGCCUAGCCAAAGAUUUCACUGAUAAGUUGAGCACUAUCAAGGAAAUAAAUGCGCUGUCUACUUGGGAGGAAUGCAAACAACUUGUUGAGGACAGCUCAGAAUACAGGUCUAUCGGAGAAGAAAACUUAUGCAGGGAGAUAUUUGAUGAAUAUGUAUCGCGAUUGCAAGAGAAAGUAAAGGAAAAGGAGCGCAAGCGAGAGGAAGAAAAGGCCAAAAAGGAGAAAGAGCGGGAGGAGAAAGAGAAGAGAAAAGAUAAAGAGAGGAGGGAAAAAGAGAAAGACAAGGAGAGAGACAAAGAUAGGGACCGUGAGAGAGAAAAGGAGAAGGGUAAAGAUCAUUCCAGAAAGGAUGAAGAGAUUGACGAUGUGGAUGGUGAGGAAAGUCACGGGCACAAAGAUGAAAAGAGAAGGGAAAAGGACAAAGAGAGGAAGCAUAGGAAGCGGCAUCAGAGCACAACUGAUGAUGUGAGUUCUGACAAGGAUGAUAAAGAAGAGACAAAGAGAUCCCGUAAACAUGGGAGUGACCGUAAAAAGUCAAGAAAGCAUGCAUAUUCACCUGAAUCAGACAGCGAAAGUAGGCACAAAAAACACAAAAAAGAUCGGGAUGGAUCUCGACGAAGUGGUGGUCAUGAGGAACUUGAAGAUGGCGAGCUUGGUGAAGAUGGGGAGAUCCAAUAGUCAAGGUCCUUCCAUUUCGUGUCCUCUCAAGUAGUAACAACCUUCAUAUCAGUAUAUUGUGGUAUUUAAGAACUUAAUUGAAUCUUUUCACUGGAUGACUAGACUGUUCUCUGUGUUAUAAUCCCCCCACCUGUGUUGUGAUUCUGAAAAUGUUUUCCUGGCUGCCUUUUGAUCUCGUCCGUUAAUCUGUUUGAGAUUAAAAUGCAUUUUAGUUGUGUAUUUCAGUAUUGAAGGCAUGUGAUGUUUUACGCAGUUUAGGAUUACUGCUC